AUGGGAAAUAUUGUAACCAGUACCACAGCACAAAGCCACACAGGUCAAAGAGAGCCUCUGCCACAAUGGAUCCAGAAAAUACACAUGAUACAAGAGUAUACGACUGAUAAAUUUGGUGCUAUUUCUGAUGGGAUGUACGAAGCCAGUCCAAAUACAGUUGUCAGAAGCCGAGCUGGUCAGUUCCACACGGAUGGUGCUAGAUGGGGUCGAGGAUUUACCAGUGGAAAACACGUAUUUACCAUCGUCUUCCCUGAAGAGCUUCGCGGAACGGAAGCAUCAGUUGGAGUAGGCAUGGAAUCGGCUUCCUUACACGAGAAAGGUCGAAUAACUCUAGUCGGAGAUAACAGAUACUCUUGGGGUAUUGAUUUAAGAACGAGGAGAGCAGUCCACAAGAAAAAACCAAUGAAACGAUAUCCAGUAACACAAGAAGCCCUACCAGAUAUCUUCUACAUGUAUUUAAACAUGGACUCUGGCACUCUUUCAUUCGCCUCCGAUGUAGGUUUCUAUGGAACAGCGUUUCAUGGUUUACGUCAAUGUGCACAGCCCUUAUUCCCCAUGGUUUCUGCUACAGUAGAGGGUGCUGCUAUUACAAUGACGUAUAAUGGAUCGGAGAUGGAUCCCGUAACAAUGCAACAAGUUUACGGACAACAAUCAACUACCGUGGUCGUUCAAUAA